CAUUUCUUGGUAAACCGGCAACAAAUACGAAAAAUAAAAAAAAUGUCGUGGCAAAGCUACGUAGAUCAGCACUUGAUGUGUGAAAUCGAGGGGCAACAAGGCCAACACCUUUCUGCCGCCGCCAUCGUUGGCCAUGAUGGCAGUGUCUGGGCUAAGAGUUCUAACUUCCCUGAGUUGAAGGCUAAUGAGGUGUCGGACAUAAUGAAAGAUUUGGAUGAACCAGGCCACCUUGCUCCUACGGGAUUACACCUUGGUGGCUCAAAGUAUAUGGUGAUCCAGGGUGAGCCCGGUGCUGUCAUUCGUGGUAAAAAGGGACCAGGAGGGAUAACAAUUAAGAAAACAGGACAAGCUCUUGUGCUUGGCAUAUACGAAGAGCCGGUGACUCCGGGACAAUGCAACAUGGCCGUCGAGAGGUUGGGUGAUUAUCUCGCCGAGCAGGGCAUGUAGUCCACUUGUCUUCCUAAUUAAAUGCACUUUUAUUUUUAUGCUUUGGGUUCCCAUGGAAUUUGCCUCUGCUUCUUCCAUUGACACAUUUAUAUUUAUUUGGUUAAAUAAAAGAAUUUAAUUAAUUCCUAAA